UUGAGAAGUGUGGCGGGCCCCGGUCCCACCCAGUUUCGAAAAUCAAGGCAAAGACUUCGGUGUCAGCUCACGGCAAACUAAGAACAACACACCUCUUUCACAUGGAAGUUUCCGACACGGCGGCGAACCGGCCUGAAUCGGGUUUCAGGGCGGAGAUCGAUACAUCGGCGCCGUUCGAAUCGGUGAGGGAAGCCGUCUCGCGGUUCGGCGGCGUUGGGUAUUGGAAACCCAUUCUCAAUGGUCUUGGCAAUAAGCAUUUCGCGCCUGAGCUGCAUCACACUCACACAGAAGAGCUUGAUCCUGGAAAACUGGAGGAUCAUGCUGCUUUAUUGGAGAAAGAGCUGAUCGUGAAAGAAAGGGAAACUCUCGAUGUCUUGAAAGAGUUGGAAAGUACCAAAAGGCUUGUGGAGAAUUUGAAAUCGAAGUUGCAGAAAGAAGAAUCUGAAGCGAAAUUGAAUUUCCAAACGAGUGUGUGCAAUGAUACGUCUUCUGCUAAAGAAGAUAAGAAAAACCAAGUGAAUAAUGUUGUUCAGGAUUUGAAGGAAGGUGGUGUCCAAUAUCAUUCAUCAGCACCAGGUUUAAUAUUAAAGGAAUUGGAGCAAGCAAAACUGAACCUGAACAGAACCACAAGCGAUAUUGCCGAUGUUCGCGCUUCUGUUGAAUCACUCAAUAAGAAGUUAGAGAAGGAAAGAUUAUCUCUUGAGAAGACACGGGAGAGGUUAACUCAGAACUCUUCAAAGAUAUGCUGUCUGGAGGAAGAGCUAAACCAGACAAAGCUAAAACUGGUAGUGGCAAAAGAUGCUGGCUUGGAUAACCCUUCAGAUAUUACAAAAGAGCUCCAUCGGUUGAGUUCUGAGGCAGAGAAUUUCAAGAGAAUGGGAGAAGCUGCGAAAUCGGAAGUCUCGAAAGCAAUGUCUGAGAUUGAACAGACAAAAGCUAUGAUAAAAACUGCUGAAAUCAGGUUGGUUGCUGCUCGAAAAAUAAAGGAAGCUGCUAGAGCAGCAGAAGCAGCUGCACUUGCAGAGAUGAAAGCUUUAUCUCAUAAUGAUAAUUCACCUGGAGAAUUCAUACAGAAGCAUGAUGGAAUUACCCUUUCGUUUGAAGAGUAUGCUGCACUGACCUGCAAGGCGCGGGAGGCCGAGGAACAUUCUAAGAAGAGAGUUGUAGAUGCUAUGCUUCUAGUUGAUGAAGCAAAUGUUUCAAAAAUGGACAUUGUGAAAAAGGUAGAGGAAGCCACAGAGGAAGUUAAAACCAGCAAGAAGGCCCUUGAGGAAGCUCUAGAAAGGGUGGAGGCUGCAAAUCUGGGAAAGUUAGCAGUUGAAGAGGCGUUAAGGAAGUGGCGGUCCGACGGACACAGACGGCGGUCCUCCAUACAUAACUCGACCAAGUUUAAAAAUGCUUACCCUUCUCACCACCGGAAGGAAUCUCGGUUACUCGAUGUGAACGGGUUGAAUCUGGUACAUGAUGAGGUGAAGCCAGUUCUGAAGCCAACACUGUCUAUAGGGCAAAUAUUGAGUAGAAAGUUGAUGAUGCCAGAAGAGUGUGAAGGUGGAGCUAUGGUUGGAGAAAGAGUGUCGGUGAAACGGAAGGUUUCUCUUGGUCAGAUGCUAGGAAGAGAAAAUGCAGAUGCAUCAUCCUUCCAAGCUGAGAAGGAAAAUGUUCAGAAGCCGUUUUCUGCGAAGAGAAAGAAAUUUGGAUUUGGUAGAUUCUCUCUUCUUUUGACUAAGCAGCAAAAGAAGAAGAAGCCAACACUGAACUUGAGGUGAUUGAUGGCUUUCUUGAUCAUCAUCUAGUGCUGAAAAACUCAUGUUUGCAUCUUCGAUCUUUCCCAUAUCAGUGUAUCAUCCACUUAUUGUGCCUGCUUGAGUAGAUUAUUGUCUGUUGCAUUCUUUUACCUCUCCUUGUAUAUUAACUAAUGUUUCCAUCUAUUGUGAUGCCACUUGUAGAGAUGAUUUAUGUCAAUUUGACUCUUGUAAGCUGAUGUUAUAUUUCUGAUAUGCCUGAGGUUGUUCUGUUUU